AUAUCAAGGACAGAGUAAAUUGAAUAUUCCAAUCCUUCUUUCUUUCUUUCUUUCUAUUUUGUAUGCAAACAUCUAUUUCUUAUUGAAAAAGAAGAAAAAGUUAAAUAUGAAAUAAGUAAACAACUGGAAAUAAGAAUAAAUAUCAUAUUGUAAGUAAAUAUAUAAAAGGGAUUAGAAGGAAUGACAGUGAAAGUAUUAAGAAUAGUAUGAAGUAAAAAACAAAGUGAGAAAGAUAAAUAAGUGUGCUUUUUAUGAAUCCUUCUUUUUCCUUCUUCUCCUUUUUCAAAUUAUUACAAAAACAGUAAUAUUUCAUCCGAUAUAGUUUACUUUUCAAGACAAAUUAUGCAAAUAUGUGAGAACAGAUCUAUCUAACCGUGUAUAGAACAUAAUUCACUGAAGAAGAAAAAGGGAACAACUAAACAUGUGUUGAAUAAUUCACUGAAAAUGAUAAUUCUACUUGUUGUGAGGUGAAAAACUAGGAUCUGGAAUAAGCUCAUCCAACAAAAAUGUGGUUGACGUACAUGGAUGACACUUUUAUUCUUACGAAAAGAUAUAAGUUAGAUGAACUUCUUAGAAAUUGUCCACAGUAUAUUAGAUAACAUCAAAUUUACUGAAGAGAUGGAAUCUACCGAACACAUAUAGUCUUUUCUGGAUUAUGCGGUUGAAAUAAAACAAAAUGAUUGUUUGGAACUUAAUAUAUUCCGUAAAAUAACUGAAUUGGAAAUUAGCACAUGCUAUUUCUACACGGGCGACAGUUUCGAAGAAUUUGAAAAACAGAGCUCAAUAGUUUGUCAUUGAAUCUAGUGAUAGAGAAACUAAAAUGCAUUAAGUUAUAUCCACUUUGAUGAUGAAUAUUUAUCUUAAAAACUUUAUAAAAAGAAAGGGAAUCAAAAGAAUCAGAGAAAAGAUACAUCAAAAGAACAAGUGAACACGGUGGUGAUCUUAUAUUGCAAAGAAACUUCAGAACAUAUCCAGAAGGGUUCUAAAUCAUCACAAUAUAGGACUAUUCUUCUGAACAAACAAUACUCUAAACACUAAAUUACGAAGAAAGACUCAUUAACAAAGAGGGAACAAUAAAAUAGUGAAUAUUAGAUUAAAUGCUGGGAAUGUAGUGCUAAAUAUAUGGGUAAGAUAUCACGAGAGAUGAAUGUGCGAUUGAAGGGAAACACAUUUCUGAAUUUUCAGAAGAUCUGAAAAAACAAGUCAGUGAUAGCACUGUAUGCAAUAGAGUCGGGCCAUACCAGUGAUUUCAAUGGCAUAAGAAUCCUACAACAAGGUUUUAGUUCUUACAAAGAGAGAAUUGUAGUUUAAGUCCUACAUAUACGAGCAAUUCCAAACAAUGUUAAUAGCAGAGAUAAAAUGCAAUUAGCUGUUUCAUGACAACUAAUGAUUAAUAAGUAAAUCUGGACUCAUUAUAUUUUACUUCAGUUGAUCCAUUUAUUAUUAUGUGGACAACAAUGAUUACUUUCACUUGUUCUAAUCAGUUAAUUUACUGAAUAUACAAUAAAUAACCAUCUUGGUCAACACGAUAAAAAAAAUCUAUUUGCCUACUUAUCGUCAUUUUAUGCAUGUCGUGACGUUGGAUUCAUCAUCUCUGCUUGAAAUUCUUGUGAGAAUAUCGAAGCGAUCUCCACAGAAUACACAGAUGCCAAAAGAGAUUGAUCAAUCAGAGUCCUAAACAUCAUUGGUAAGAUUCAAGCAACCAAUAUAUAUGAAUUGAAAUUUACCCCACUGCACAAGCUAGUGAGUCACUCCACUCAGUAGCUAAGUGGAUAACGUGGCGGGGUCUGAAGCAAAACUGUGGGUUUGAGUACCAGAAUGAAAAUCAUCUCUGGGAUACAGGUACAUCCAGGUGACGAGUCCCAAACAGGACAAAACUCUUUCUGGAUUCCAUUGCUAGACACCAACGUACUCUGAUCAAGACAUUCAUCAAAUUAUUUGAUUUAUCCGAAAACGCCUGUACAGAGACGAUAUAUAAUUAAUCAUUUUCUCGCUUCAUAAUUACAUACACCAAAUGCCUUAUACACACAGUAAAAAAUCUCACUUUCAACCUUGUUAACUUUGUUGGACCACUUGUUCGGCACAUAAUUCACCGGUGAACUGUUGAUAUAUAUUCGAUAAUUUUGAUAUCUGGUUAUAUUUCCUUGGAAAACCUUGGACCAGAUUGCCAAUUGAAAUGUUGGAUUUGCUCAAAUUUCAAUCGUUAUUGAAUAUCAUCUUUGAGACGAUAAAUUCAAUUAUUCUGUGGUCAUAUGAAGGAUAAUGUUCAAAUUCCAUGUACUGUCCAAAGUAAACACAUUACAACGAUUGUUAUAUUUAGUUGGAUUAUAUCUUGUAGUAAUUGUUCAGUCGGUGAGAUCUCAGUCUGAUCUAGAUCGAUGUGCAAUAGUUUGUGCUCCAGAGAAAUGUCAAUGUGUCGGCCCACAAGGAAUACAGGGGCAACCUGGUCCAAUAGGUGUACGAGGUUCGGAGGGACCUCCAGGUGAUGUAGGUCUUAUUGGACUUCGUGGAUCACCAGGUGAGAAAGGUGAACAAGGAAUUCCCGGUGUAUUGGGUCCAAGAGGUGAAAAGGGUUUACCUGGUCAACCGGGUCAUCCCGGUAACGAUGGUGAUCCAGGUCAUCCUGGUAUGCGAGGAGAGAAAGGGGAUAAAGGAGAUAGUGGAUGUGAUGGUGAAUCGGGAGAUAAUGGUGAGCAAGGUGAACCUGGAGCCCCAGGUAUAAUAGGCACACCUGGUGAACCAGGAACUAAAGGUCCUAAAGGAUACACUGGAGGCUCAAGACAAGGAUUAAUGGGUGAGAAGGGAGAUCCAGGUGACAUUGGCGAACCUGGAGAAGAUGGUUUGGCAGGACUUGAUGGGGAAGAUGGACUUCCUGGUCCACGUGGACCUCAAGGAGAAUCAGGAGCCGUAGGUUUGAUGGGAGACAUUGGUCCUAAAGGUGAAAGUGGAGUAUACAAUUAUACGAAUAUAAUUCCUGGAGAUCGUGGUGAACCAGGUCCUCGAGGACAAGAUGGUCAACCAUGUGAAGAUAUGGACCGUGAAUAUACUGAAGAAGAACUUAUCAGUUUUACAAGAGGUCAAGCUGGAGACAUAGGUUCACCAGGACCUAAAGGUGACAGUGGAGAGUCAGGUGAUAAGGGUGAUAUGGGUUUACAAGGUGAAGAAGGACCAAUUGGUGAAAAAGGUGAACCUGGUGAACCCGGACUAGAUGGUGAUCCUGGAGAAGAUGGUAAUGUGGGACCGAUUGGACAACCAGGUAAUUUAGGUUCUGAUGGUCCACCUGGACCAGAAGGUACAAUUGGUGAUAAAGGUGAUCGAGGUCCACAUGGUCGUGAUGGUUUACAAGGUGAUCCAGGCCAAGCUGGAAUCCCUGGGAAAGCUACUUGUCCAAUCGAGUUUUUCCCAAAAGGUGAUAAAGGUCUCCCAGGUCAUCCUGGUGAUAAGGGAACUCAAGGAGAACCUGGCUUACCAGGUGAUCAGGGAGAAAAAGGUGUCCCAGGCGAUGAAGGUCCGAAAGGAGUAAGGGGAAGUCAAGGUAAAAUUUGUGAGCCUGGUCCACAAGGUCCUGUAGGUGUUAAGGGUUGGUAUGGAAAAAAUGGGGCACAAGGACAACCUGGAAUUGAUGGAGAUCCAGGACAACCAGGCCAAAGAGGGUUACCUGGAGAUGAUGGUUUUGGUCAUUUAGGUGAAAUUGGUGAGGUUGGUGUGGAAGGUUUACGUGGUAUUAAAGGUGAAUCUGGUGAAGAAGGUGAUCCUGGCGAAAAAGGAUUUGGUGGAGAUAGUAAUAUCGGUCCAGUUGGUCCUCGUGGUAAACCUGGUGAUGAUGGAAGCGAUGGAGAACCUGGAAAACACGGCGAACCUGGACCUCCAGGUCCAAAAGGUGAACCGUUAACUGCUUGUCCUUUGUGUAAAGACGGUGAUGCUGGUGCACGUGGAGAAAUAGGGGAUCCAGGUGAAAAUGGUGAAAAAGGAAGUGAUGGUAUGCCAGGUGAUAGAGGUGAUAUGGGUCGACUAGGUGAAGAUGGUUUAAUCGGUCUACCGGGAACCAAAGGUGAAAAAGGUCGUAUUGGUGAAGAUGGUUUUAAUGGUGAUCCCGGUGAACCUGGAGAAUCUGCUAUUGUAUCUCGGGUUGUAGAAGAUGUUAUUCCAGGCGAUGAAGGUGAUGAAGGUCAUGAAGGUAGUAUUGGUGAUAUUGGCGAUAGAGGCGAUGAAGGAGAACCUGGUCAUGUUGGUGAUGAGGGUCUUAAAGGACAACAAGGUACAGAUGGUGAACAAGGACCAAUUGGUGAAGUUGGAGAUGAUGGUGACGAUGGUGAAACAGGUGAAGAUGGUAUCGAUGUCAAAGGUAUGGUUGGUGAAUUGGGUGAAAGGGGUGAUGAGGGUUCAGUCGGUGAGAAAGGUGAAAAAGGCAUAGCUGGAGUGAUGACCAACUGUACAAUUGAUUGGAGACAAUUAGUAGCAAAAAAUGAAUCUGAAUUGAUUGGCGACCGUGGGGAGAAAGGAGAUGAUGGUGAGGUUGGUGAAAAAGGCUCCCGAGGCAUUGAUGGACGAAAAGGCGAAAUAGGUCAAACGGCAGCACCAUCCGAACGAGGUGAAACUGGUUUUCCAGGUCCUGAUGGGGAAAAAGGAGAUCCGGGUCCACCAGGUAUUGAAGGUCCUCAAGGACUUCAGGGAGAUCCUGGUCAAGUGAUUGAUGGGAUCGAAGGAGAUAUCGGUGAACAAGGUCCUGAAGGCCCAAAAGGAUUUAAGGGGGAAGAAGGCGAUGUGGGUGAUAAUGGUGAUUCACCAGAACGUAUCAAGGGUGAACGUGGACCCGACGGUGAACCUGGAACUGAAGGAGACGAAGGAGAACCAGGUAUUCCUGGACAAAAAGGAGAACCUGGGGCUGAAGCCGGUCAGCAAGGAGAAACUGGUAGCCCUGGAGAAAAGGGAGAUUCUGGACCUAAAGGUCUACCUGGCCCUAAAGGAGAACCCAGUUCGGAUAUGGAGUCGGGUGAUCAAGGUCCUAAGGGUGAACCCGGUUUAAUGGGAUCAGAAGGAGAAAAGGGUGGUGCUGGUGACGUUGCUGAAUGCAAUGAAGCCGGUUUAAUCGGAGAUCCUGGACCUGAUGGAGCAAUGGGAACAAUUGGCAUUCCAGGUGAUGAUGGAGAACAAGGAGAAGAUGGUGAUGUUGGACCGGAAGGAGAACUGGGUCCUGAUGGAGAACAUGGUGAGAUUGGCGAUAUAGGAAUAGAAGGUAUUCGUGGUAUUACUGGAGAAAAAGGUGAACCAGGUAGUAUGGGUGAUAUAGGUGAAAAGGGCUCUCCUGGUCCAGAGGGUGAAACUGGAGAUAUUGGCCCACAAGGCCCACAGGGUGCGGAUGGUUCUCAGGGUCCAACUGGUGAUCCUGGACCGAGUGGGGAGUUUGUGGAAGGUGAACGAGGAGAUACUGGGCCAGAUGGAACUCAGGGAGAACAAGGUGAGAAGGGUGAACCUGGUCCACCUGGAGAAGUUGGUGAAACAGGUCCUACCGCUGAAACUCUACCCGGUAUCAAAGGGGAACCUGGACAACCCGGUGAAGAUGGUCAGUUAGGUGAACCUGGGUUAGAUGGUAACGAUGGAGAACCUGGGCUAAAAGGUGAUGAAGGUUUAGUGGGGGAGCCUGGGUCAAAGGGUUCACGUGGUCCACGCGGUAAAGUCGGGAAUGUUGGUGCAGAGGGUAGUAGAGGAGCCAAAGGAAACGUUGGUUCUGAGGGUGAGCUGGGUCCAGAUGGUGAAAAAGGGGAUAGGGGGGAAGCAGGUGAUAUUGGUCCUCCCGGUAAUACGACUGCUGGACUCAAAGGGAGGGAGGGACUGGAAGGACCUCAAGGAGUAGAAGGUCAAGCUGGUGACUUAGGGGAACAAGGAGAAUCAGGUAUACCCGGUGAAGAAGGUGAUCAAGGUGAUGAAGGACCAACUGGUGAGACUGGAGAAAUCGGAACACCUGGUUUAGAAGGUGAUAUAGGACCUGAAGGAAACGAAGGUCCAAUCGGAGAGCAAGGUUCGGAAGGAGAUGUUGGUAUGAUAGGAGUAUAUGGACCAGAGGGAGAAAAAGGCGGACCAGGUCUUAGAGGUGAUUCAGGUGAAGCCGCCAAAAACUGUUCCAUUGGGCCGAAAGGUCAACAAGGUCGACUAGGCCCACUGGGGUUACCUGGACCACAGGGACCACCUGGCGAUCAAGGACUACCUGGGCUACGUGGUAAAGAUGGUCCACCAGGGGUUGGAGUAAUUGGAGCACCAGGGGAACUUGGUGAUACUGGACACAUCGGUCUACCUGGAGAAGCAGGAGAACCAGGUGAUCAAGGUCCUGAAGGCCCUUCAGGUUUGGCCGCUCUUACUGGUGAGCCAGGAAUGAAAGGAGAACGAGGAAUACCAGGAGAUAUUGGGGAUCCGGGGGUGGGAGGUGUGCAAGGUCUUCCUGGUUACGAUGGAGAAAAAGGUAUACAGGGAUCACAAGGUUCAUCAGGAAUAGAUGGAAUUGAUGGUAUUAUGGGACCAAAAGGGUUUUCUGGAGAUCAAGGUCCGUCAGGGAAUCGUGGACAAACUGGUGAUCAAGGCGAAAUGGGAGAAGCUGGUAUCCAGGGUCCAAAGGGAGCUCAAGGAGUUGCAACAAGAGGGGAGCUUGGUGAAAUAGGUGAUCCUGGGGAAAAUGGAGCUCUUGGAGAACAAGGAGACCCGGGUCCUGAUGGUGAAGUGGGGGAUGAUGGAGAUAUUGGUGAAAAAGGAGAAAAAGGUCAACCUGGACUAGUAGAGGGUGAGAGAGGUGAAGUAGGUGAUGUAGGGGAGCGUGGAGAUAUUGGAGAAGUUGGACCUCCUGGUCCUCUCGGUGAUGUUGGCCCCAAAGGUAAAAAUGGUGAGAAGGGACAACCAGGUCAAACAAAUUACUCCUCUAUAUUAUUUGCUCGUCAUUACCAGACGCCGUUUGUCGAUGACCUUACAUGUCCAACUGGGACUAAUAAACUGUUCACUGGUUACAGCUACGUUAUGGGAGGAGGUGUGGAUGAUUUAGUCAGUAUGGAUUUAGGUACACCAAGUUCAUGUUUGUCAAAGUUCAGUUCAUUACCAAUGACUCAAUGUGAAAGAGAUACAACUUGUCAAUCAAGUAUGAGGCAUGAACGAUCCUACUGGUUGGCCACAUUGGUACCUCGAUCUGAACAACCGAUUCCAGUAGAUCAAACGGCUGAUCAAAUUGCUAGAUGUGUAGUCUGUGAAGCUCCUGCACAUGUGUUUGCUUUUCACAGUCAAGGUGAAACAUUACAACCAUGUCCGAAUACUUGGACUGAAUUGUGGACAGGUGUUAGUUUAAUACUUCAUACUUCUGGUGCUCAUGGUGGAGGUCAACAAUUAUCUUCACCUGGAAGCUGUAUGGAACAUUUUCGUUAUUCACCAGUUAUUGAAUGUAAUAAUAAUGUAGGAAUGUGCCAUUAUUGGUCAGAUGCAAAAGUUUAUUAUUUAAGGGCUCUUAAUCCAAACAUUACACAAUUUGAGAAACCAGUAGGUUUUGUUAUGAAAGCAGCUGAAGGGCCAGUUUUGAAUAAUGUUAGUAAAUGUCGAGUCUGUAUGAAAAUCCCUGCUUAAAUAAAUAGUACUCAUAUCCAUAGAUGAAUAAAUAUACAUACAGAGUAUAUACAUUUGUUGUUUCAAAAACUAUAAAUGAUAGGAAAUAAAAUAAAUGAAAGAAUAAUAUCAUGUCGACAGGUUAAUUAAUCUUCAACAUUUAUAUCCAUAUAUACUCCAUUUCUUAUUAUAUUUUUCUUUCUGUUUUUCAUUCUUUCUAAAAAUUUUCUUUCAACUAACAAUUUUUAUUCAUUAUUACCUGGUUAUUUUAAAAGUUAAUUUGUUUUUUUCUCCAUUUUAUAUUCUUUUGUUUAAAUAGGCUACUUGAUGUUGAUACCCUUUAAUUUUUUUUUUGAAUUUAUUCUGUAUUAUUAUUCGUUUUAUUGAAAAUGACACGCUUUUUUUAAUAAAGAAAAACAGAAAUAUCUUUGCUUAUAUGUGCUUAUUGAUUUUGAUUUUAAAUUUUUUGUUUAAAACAAAAAUUUAAAAGCGCCAUAUUCGAUUUUAGUCAUAAUAAGCAUGAUAUAUAUGAAAUACAAUAUGAUAUAGAAGAAUGAUCAAUAUUUAAUCUUUUGAAAUAUUUAUAACAAUAUUCACAUACAGAUUCUUUCAUAUUAUGAAUUAUAUUGAUAAUAUUUAGUAGUAAUAAUAAAGGUUUUUAC